AUGGAGUCAGUGGCCAAGGAAGACCCUUCCAUUCUCCCCGUCUGUGACUCUGAGCAGUCGGGGCCAAAACAGAGCAGGAGAGGAGUGCGAGGCGAGAGGAACUGUAAGAAGGCCAGGUCCCUCCGGAGGUCAAUGGGCACCAACUCCCCAUAUCAGAUCCACCUAGAGGUCGAUAUCAGUAACAUCACAAAUCAUUUUUAUGUGAAGAAUCAAAAUAAGCAGAUUAUGGACGAUAUCUACAAAUUCGUCUCUGACCUACCAGUGGCAAACAAGCAGAUGCUUUGCUCCUUCCACGGACCUUCCAUCUCUGACUGGAGCCACGUGGGCAGAAAUGCCUCCCACAUAGACCUGCGUCUGGUCUGCGAAGAACCAGCUCCCAAAGCAUCUCCGCCCACCCCGCGGCCAGCUGUGACCUCGCCUGAGCCCUCCGGCCAUCCAAGGUUCCUGCUGGUGGAGGGGAAGGAGAGGCUCCGCUGUGCAGGUGUGGUUGAGUUCUAUCGGGGGAGUACCGGGGGAAGCAUCUGCUAUGACUCCAAAGCCUGGUCCCCAGCUCUGGGCAACCUGAUCUGCCAGUCCCUGAACUGUGGCACCUUCCUGGACCAUCUGGACCCAUCAGCAGGGAGGCCAGACUCAAGGAAUCCGGAGGGACUAAAAGCCCUGCAGGUCCUCUGGGAGGUCAAGGAUCCUGAUAGCUCUUCCUUGGACCAGAUCUUCAGAAAGGAGAAGAGCUGUAGGGGAAACCAAACCAUUUCCAUCAUCUGCUCUGAGUUCCAGCCCAAGGUGAGAAGCCGACUGAAGGGUGGGAGCAGUCCCUGCUCGGGCAUCGUGGAGGUGAACUUCGAGGGCCAGUGGAGACCCUUGUGUAGGACGAAGAAGAACUGGGACCAGGUGUGCCACGAGCAGCACUGCGGGGAGCCCAUCUCCCUGCAAGACGUGCCUCAGAAGUCCCUCACUGCGGAGCGCGCCGGCAUGCUCCACUGCGCCCACGAGAACCUCUCCCACUGCUACAGCUUCCAGCCGGGAGACCCCUUGUGCAAAGGCAUAAGGAUUGAGUGCCGAGACCUAAAUGCAGCUGGGCUGGGGGCAGGGACGGUGAUAAGCAUCAUUCUGGCCUUGAUCCUCCUGGCUGUCCUUCUGGUGGCCUGCGGGCCUCUGGCCUACAAGAAGCUGGAGAAGAAGUUCCUUCAGAAGAAGCAACGCCAAUGGAUCGGCCCAACGGGAGUGAACCAGAACGUUUCCUUCCAUCGCAACCACACCGUGACCGUCCGGUCCCAAGCCGAGAACCCGGGUGCCUCAAAUGUGGAGAACGAAUAUAGCCAGGCUCCUAGGCAUUCUCGUCUCUCGGCUUAUCCAGCUCUGGAAGGGGCCCUGAACAGGGCUUCCAAUCCACCAGAUAACUCCUCUGACAGCGACUAUGACCUGCAUGGGGCCCAGAGGCUGUGACAGGCUGAGCUGUGAAGAAACCACGCGUGUCUCCGGGCACGAGACGUUUUUCCUGAGAAUCUUCUGCACUCAUCACCUUUAUUCGAUGUCCCGAUUCUAGUUCCUGCUGCUAAGGGCCAGAAGCAAGCCUGCCACUCCCCUCCCUCACGGCCAGCCCACCUGCAGAGCAGCUCUGUCCUGGCCUCUGCUUCACCCCCGAGGCCGAGCUGGGAAGCCUCCUCUCCGCCCGCCCCUGGCAGGCCUCCCCUUCCCAUUCUCCGCAGCUGUGUGAAAGGCGGGGCCCUCCCUGGAGAACCCCGGCUUCCCGUUGGGAGAGGGUCGAGCCCCGAGAUCCAGACACGCAGGCUUCCCAAGCCCGUCCUCUGAAGCUGCCUCCUGAGCUACCUGGGCCCGAGGCAGUGCUACGGGAAAGGGGGGCUUCCCUGCUCCCCACCCCCAACUCUGCAGAACCCCCACGAGGAACACGGAAGAAUUCACACUCUGUCACUGGAUAAGAAGUUGUUUAAUGUUUGUGUAAAUAAUGCUUUUUAUUACAACCUGAGAAGACCAAACAUCCCUGAGGCUUCAUUUCAGAGAUUCUAGACAAGAAGGGGGACGGCCGCCAGCUCGAGAAAAGCAGCCUGUUUGUAUGUCGUGUGUGUGCGUGUGUGUGUGCACAUGUGUGUGCGUGUGUGUGUGCACGUGUGUGUGUGUGUGUGUGUGUGCGGCACAGGGACGAGGGCCCGGACGGAGUCAGAAAUGAGCCCCAGCACGCCGGCCCCCCAGCUUUGUUUGGUCGGCUCCCCCGGCCUAGGAACUAACUGUUCCUUCCUCUCUUGACCCGUCCGGCCAGCAGGGUCUGGCGGCCAUGGCCAAAGGGCCCCGCACAUACACACCGGGGACACGCCAGCCUUAACUCUCAUCUUGCUUCCCAGACAACAAUCCCAGGGUUCGGGGAUCAGAACCCCGACAGGCCUCCCUCCUGGGUCACUAGAGCCUCUCUGGCUCCCCUUCCUUCCUGCCUGGGUGCCGGAGAAUUCCUCUGGAAGGAAGGCAGCUGCCGGGCGAUCGGGCUGCUCUGUAGGCCUCCACUCAGCGCGGCCUCCUCCCGUCCUCUCCUGGGUCCCUUCUCGGACCCUCCUACCUCGUCCAGGCCGCCGCUGGCGCCUCCGGCUCUCCCUCACAUUCUUAGCCGCUAGUCCCUGCGCCCCAAAGCCCCAGCCAAGCUCCACACCUCAAUCAUGGGGCGAGUCUGGGGCGCUGAGCGCCGCCAGAGCUCUGGCCACCGAGGGGCUCUUUCCGGCCUCCAGGCCUCUGGGGAGCCCUCGGGACCACCCGGUCCAUUCCACGAGCCUCUCCUACACGAGGGAAGUCGGGGUAAAAGCGCUGCUAGCUGUGGGGCGCUCGGCCGGCCAGAGAAGGAAGCAGGAGGACGCGGCGAAGGCAGAGGCCGGCGUGAUGGCCAGUCAGAGCAGGACGCCCGAGCUCAGGAGCGCCGGGGGCGGCCGGCCUCCUCCCUCUCUGCGUUUGCCCUCACUGAAGGUCUGCCAAAUCCCUCCAGGCAGAUCGGCUCGCCCGGAGGAGGCGGAGGGCAGCGUCCAGGAACUCGGACAUCUCUGGGGCCCGCCAGGAGGGACGACUGGCCACACGAGUCGGCGGGCGCCCCGGAGGCUCGUCGGUCCCGGCAGGGGCUGCGCGAAUGCCCCUUCGAGGGCUGGAGGGGACGCCGCAGAGAGCUCGGCAGUUACUAAAUAAGAAUCUUUUCCUGGAAGUGAGCCCGGACACACCUAGAGCUGCCCUUUGGGGCGCCGAGACAAAGGAGCAGCACAGCGGGCCGCCCAAAGGGGCCUCUAGGCCUCGCUUCCCCCUGAGCUGCCCUGCGACGGCCCCCGCCGUGUGCCCAGGAAUGUGCCGCCGUGCUGGGAGGGGCCCUCGCAGGGAGGCCCUCACACCCACCCGCUCUGGGCCUCUCCUCGUCGGCACUUCUCGUCCGCUCUGGGAGACACGUCUAGGCCGAGGUCUCCAGUCACAGCGGAGGACGGCCCGGCCCGGAGCCUCCAUUUCCCUACCUACAAAAUGGGGGCGCUCGGGCUCCUCUAGAGUUCUGUGACUGGAUCCUAACAAUGGCUCUCGUGACGGCCCUUCAGAUCCUCACGUGGCUCCAAACUCGGAGCGGCAGGCGCUGUCCUGGCAGGGUUCCCCAAAGGCCACUUACCAGGGCCGCACCUCGCACUGGUGUCAUCAAGGGUGGAGUUCGAAUCUCGGCCUCUCCUGACCUCCCAGGAAAGCUGCUCCCUCCACACCGGGCUCCAGAAGGACGGGGGAGCCGGACAACUCAGCCAGGAAGAGCUCCCCUCCUCGAGGUCUGGGGGGCUGCCCGCCCCAUUACACAAGGUCUCCCCCUCACACAUCCAGCGGGCAGGCAGCCUUCGUGGGUCGCCCCCGCAGACGGCGAGGCCAGAACGCUCCGGUUCCGGCCCCACAGAGGAGCCUGGACCGGGCCUCGAGGGAAGCUGCUCGUGGGUCGUCACAAGCCGAAUGGAGGGGGGCUGGGACGGCCCAGCAGGGGCGCGAGGGAGGGCGGCUGCGGGUUCGGGAUGCUAAUGGCUACGGAAGGAAACCGAGGCCUGGCGGAUAAAGGCCAGCGAGUGCGGCCCGGACGAGGCCCCAGAGGCCUGGCCAGAGGCUUUAUGGGCCUGGAGGAGAGGAGAGGAAGCUUCCAUGGAGGGCCAGCCGAGAUCCAUCCGGCCCUUUGAGGGCCUUCGCUGCAACCCCCGGAGCCGGACGCUGCCCGCUCAGCAGCUUUAUUAGGGGGACUCAUCCCGGGGGGGGGGCAGCGCCCUCCGCUCAGAAGCAUUCAGACCAACAGCCCACUCGGGUCAUUUCUCUUUAUAAAUAACUUCCAGGAAAGCAAACAAAAUUUGGCAACGUGUUGAGAAAACUUCAUCUGGCACAGCCGGCCUCGUUCCUGCCGGCCUCAGGUCAGGGCACUGGGCCGAGCGCCAGAACCCAGAAUGGACCCUCCUCCCCUCACCCAGGACUGCCAAGAGCUAACAAUCCCCUCCGGACGGCCCGAGGCACGCUCAGCUCUCUAAUGGACAGCAGCUCCAGGGUCCCAUGACCCGAGUCAUUUAGAACUAAAUCACUGGUCCGUCCAUCCAUCCAUCCGUCCGUCCAUCCCCCAUCUGGCACCACAAUCUGAGGACGGCUGGCGACACCACAACGAGGGAGUCUGGCCUGGAGCUCAGGGCCUGGGCAGAACCGGGCUCGGUCUGGGAAGCACCGUGUCGGGGGGAAUCGGGGGGCGUCGGGGGGCAUCGGGCGAGGGGGCUCUCGAGAUUUCUCUCCAAAUGAGCUUUGCUAAGAGAAAUGGGGAGACGGAAAGCGCAUGACGGGGAGAGCCUCAAAGAUCCCCUCCAAGGCACUGAGGGCAAAGCGCAGGCGGGGCCGGAACGGGCCGGAACGGGCCGGAACACGGAGCCACCCUGGGAGGAAAGCGGGUCACCAUCUGUCCUUCCCGACUUGGGCCUCCGCUCGAUCCCCGGCCGGGCCCACCCCGACGUCUCCUCUCCGAUGGGGCGGCGGGUCCCCCCCGACCCCCGGCCGCAGCCGGCCUCCGGCUCUCAGCUGGGACAAGCUUAUGUGACUUCUAGUUUUGUCACCGGGUUAAGAGGAGGGAAGCUCUGUGGGACACGGCAAGGCCCAGAGCCCGCCCGGAGCCUCCCUCCCCUCGGCCAGUGUCCACUGCAGCAGCAGGGCCGGGAGCUCCGGCCACUCACACCUCUGGGGUUUGCCUCGGACGUCUGCGGGAUCACAGAGCGUCCCGGCGCGUGGCUGGCGUGGCUGGCGUGGGCACUCGGCUCCAGAGGCGCCCCGGGGGCCAGCAGAGCCCCCCAUCCCCGGCCUGGCCACGGGCAGCCCCCCGGCUCUCUGAGCCGGCUUUGGUGAGCAGCGUCUGUGGCACGGGGGAG